AUGAGCGACGAGGUGCGCGAUGCGAUGCAGCAUUUCGAAGACGGGGUUGCGCACGAAGCGGCUCUGCACCAUGUGCGCUGGGCCCACCCGACGCUGGCUCCGCCGCGCAUCGAGCUCACGGUGGACGACCUCUGGUACCAAGAUGAAGACAACUUGCUCGGCGACGCGCCACCGAAUCGCACGAGCCUCUUCAUCGACCUCUACAUCGUCGCUAUGACUACGCACGUCCCGUACGGCUAUUCCAGUGUGCACACAUCGCUGCAUCCUACGAUGUACGACGCCGCGUAUCAUGACGCAGCGGCCUCGUGCGGUCUGACGGUCGACGUGGUCUUUGCCACGUACAAGGAGCUCGCAAAGACGGUUCAAGACUUUGCACUUACGGCGCAUUUCCGGACGCGAAGCGUGAGCUCUGGUCAAGAGCGGUCCUGGUUGUGUCGCUACCACGAGGCCUUCGAGAGCGGCGCCAGCGCUUGUCCAUUCUUGAUCAAGGGCAGAAAAAAGAAAGACGGCACCGUCCAGCUCCGGGACGUGGUCCUCCGACACAACCACAUGUGCGUGCUGCGUCCUUUGCCGCCGGGCGCGCGUGAAACGACCUUGUCGAUUCGCGCGAUGACGGACAUUGUCAUGCAGUCCGAGGUCGCCAAGCGCGUGCCGACGUCCAAGCUGACGCACAAGACCAUCAAUAAGCUUAUCAAGGCCCAAGUGGGUCGGAAGGUGUCCCCAAUGAGAGCGAGUCGAAUCCGAAGCGAAAUUGGCGCGCGUCUGGCUGACAAGACUGCCGUCCUCGACGAUGGCCAGACCAAGUCGCCGCGCUUUCGAAUCGCUCAAGCGCGACCAGACCAUUUUGGUCACGACGUCCCUCGCAGCACGUCCGACAACUGCGCCAAUUGCGCGAUAAUGAGCGAGUACUUGGAGCGCUCCGGCGCUGUACUGUGGCCCGACCGCCGGAUGACGUUGCUGCCACGCGCGCUCAACGCUGCUCUCGUCACCGCCCCGUCGUUUGAGAAGCGCUUCAAGACCCGCGAAGAUGGCACAGAGCUCGCCGCAUUGGCGCAGAACAAGGAGCUUUGGACCGAGUUGACCGAGACGAUCGUUGACGUUUCCCGACGCACAGCACUGUCUGAUACGUCCGUGCGCGAGAGCGACUUUCGCUCUGCAUUGAACUUGUGUUGA